AUGGCGCUCUCUAAAAUACGUAAAGUUGCUGGCAACCUGUUCAGCAAAUAUCUUCUACUCACCAAUACUGUUUCAUGUGGUGGUCUUUUAGCCAUUGGGGACGCGAUUACACAAAAAAUUGAACACGGCAAGCGCGACCCAGCAACCUUCAAAUACGACUGGCCUCGCACAGGACGGAUGUUUACAGUUGGACUUUUGAUGGGUCCUUUCAAUCAUGCCUGGUACACAUUCUUAGAUAAGAUGCUCGUUGGAAAUGCUGGCAAAAUUGUUUUUAAAAAGAUCUGCUGUGAUCAGUGUGUAGCGGCCCCUUAUUUCUGUACAACGUUCCUAAUGGGUAUGGCUCUCUUAGAAGGAAAAAGUUGGACAGUUAGUGUUGCAGAAUUGAAGGAGAAAUUUUUUGUUAUUUAUGUGAUGGAUUGGUUCAUUUGGCCACCUGCUCAAUUUAUUAAUUUUUACUUCUUGCCAACUAAAUACAGAGUUCUUUAUGUCUGUUUCAUCACAUUAAUCUGGGAUACUAUUUUGUCUUACAUCAAGCACAAGGAACAAGCUGCAGAAAAAUACAAAGUCUUAGAAGAAAAGAAAAACCAGAACAGUUGA